GACCGCGCUAAUGUUACUCCGCUCUCAACAAAAUCUCGGCUGUGACUCUAAUCACCUCCCACCGGACAGAAUGGCAGGACUUUUCUCCAAUGCCUUUGAGAUGAUCACCGAGUUAUUGGCACUCCAUGCCCUUCAAUAUCUGCAACCCAUUUGGAAAGGAGUUGAUGAGCAGCUCCGAGAACUCCACAGGACCUUAGUGUUCAUCCAGCCGACUGUUGAAGAUGCAGAGGAGAGGCAGUUGACGGACAAGGCUGUUAGGGGCUGGCUUUUGGAGCUCAAAGAUGCAGCCUCUGAUGCUGAAGACAUUCUGGACGAAGCCAAGACGCAUGAACUACUCAUCCAGCGCAAGGAAGAGCUUUCUGGUCAUCCAAGAAGCGAGGUGCGUGAAUUCUUUCGUCUUGAUCAUAACACACUCUUGUUUAAACUUCAGUUGGGGGACAAGCUCAGAAACGUCAAUGAGAGAAUAAUUAGCCUCAUUAAGGAGAUGAACGAGUUCAACCUGAGGGUUGUUCAAAACAACAGCAUAUCUUGGAGGAACAGGCCUCAAACCCACUCAUUUGUGCGUGAAUCACGAGCUAUUGGAAGAGAUGAAGAUAAAGACAAGUUGGUGCAGAUGCUGAUCCGUGAUACUUCUUAUGAUAUAGCUGUGGUUUCUAUAGUCAGUAUGGGUGGGAUGGGUAAGACGACACUUGCUCAGUUGGUCUAUGGAGAUGAAAGGAUCAAGAAACAGUUUAAGCUACGCAUAUGGGUAUGUAGGGUGCUGCAACAGAGGCUGCGAAAAGAAUUGGGGCAGAAGAGAUAUUUGCUGGUAUUAGAUGAUGUAUGGAAUGAAGAUUUCCAAAAGUGGGAUGCUCUUAGAAACAUGUUACUCGAUGGAGGAGAAGGAAGCAGAAUUCUUGUGACCACACGCAAUGAAAAAUGCUCUCGAGUGAUGGGUGUUCAGAAACCUUAUUUUCUGAGCCGUUUAUCAGAAGAAAGCUCUUGGAAUUUAUUUGAACAGAAAGCAUUUUCUGUAGGUGUACCAAAGCCACCAAAAUUGUUGGAGAUUGGUCAAGAGAUUGUCAAGAAAUGUCAAGGAUUACCACUUGCUAUUGAAGUUAUGGGGUGUAUCAUGCACUGUAAGAGCGAAGAAAGUGAAUGGCAGGCCGUGUUGGAAAAUAUUGAAACAUGGAAGUUACAAAAUACGCAAAAUGAAAUCAUACGAGAGCUGUGGCUGAGCUAUGUUGAUUUGCCUACUCAUUUAAAGAAAUGUUUUGCCUUUUGCUCCAUAUUCCCAAAGGAUCACAAUCUUGAGGAAGAGAAGCUGAUUCAAUUUUGGAUGGCUCAUGGGUAUAUUCCAUCUCAAAAAGGAAAUGAUGUGGAAGUUGAAGGGCGAGAGCUUUUCACCGAGUUAAUAAGGAGAUCUCUUUUACAAUAUCAACAUACUUCUCAUGCUGAAACAAUUGGAAGAGUGUGUAAGAUGCAUGAUCUCAUCAAUGAUCUGGCAUACUUUGUAAUGGAGAAUGAAUGCUUCCCAUCGUUGAGAAGCAGUGCAGCCACCGAAAUCUCAUUAAGGCCACGUCAUUUGCAAUUAGAUGCCAAUGAAAAUUAUAACCAAGGUGAUUGCUCCAUCAUCCGCACUGUGCUAUAUUGUGGAAGAGACUUAAGUUUGUUGUCAAAGCUGAAGUUGGUGAGGGUGCUCGACUUGAGUGGUACACGCAUUAACAAGUUUCCUGCAGCAAUUGAGCAUUUGCACCAUCUAAGAUACCUUGAUAUUUCUGGUACUCUAAUUAGGAAACUACCGGAAUCCAUUUGUAUGCUGGUUAAUCUGCAGACAUUGAAACUGUAUGGUUGUCGUGAAUUUUCCGAGCUUCCCAACAGCAUAACAUACAUGAACAGUCUUAGACACCUUAUUUUUGAUCAAUGCCCAAAGUUAAAGGUAUUCCCUGCUGGUUUGAGUCGACUACAAAACUUGAAAACACUAACUAGAUUUACUGUGGGAGAUGAUGCAAAUAACAACAUAAGACAAUUAAAGUUUUUGAAUUUGGGUGGUAAAGUUCAGUUGUAUAACCUCCAGAAGGUGAAGAAUGCUGGUAACGCUCAAGAAGCUAAUUUGCGCCACAAAGAAAAUAUUGACACAUUAAUAUUAAAUUGGGGAGCAUGGGAUGUUGCAGUAUGUGAUGAAUAUUGUUCAAUGGAAAUUGCGGAGGAGGUGUUGGAAGCCUUGAAACCUCAUGCUAAUGUGAAAGAACUUGAAGUUUUUCAUUAUCCAGGCAAACAAUUUCCAAUGUGGAUGCAAGGAAGGCAACAAUUUCAAUAUCUACAUCGGAUCGAACUGCUGGAAUGCAGAGAAUGUGAGCAACUCCCUCCACUCGAGAUAUUACCUUGUCUGGAGUAUCUCAGGCUGUGGAAAAUGGAUGGCAUCAAACACAUUGUUAACAACAGAGGAGGCAAUGCACUGCAAUCAUUCCCUGCAUUAAAGAAGUUGAUUUUAUAUGAUUUGAAGAACUUAGAGGGGUGGUGUCUGGAGGAGGGUAAAGAAGCAAAUCUGUCCUUGUUUCCAUGCCUCAUUCAUAUGGUUAUUACAGGAUGCCCCAAGUUGACAACCUUGCCACUCAAGAUAUUACCCCGUCUUGAGGAUCUCAGUAUCAGUCACAUGGAUGGCAUCAAACACAUUGCUAGCAACAGAAGAGGCAAUGCACUGCAAUCAUGCCCUGCAUUGAAGAACUUACGGUUAGAAUCAAUGUGGAACCUAGAGGGGUUGUCUGUGGAGGAGGGUAGAGAAGCAAAUCAGUCCUUGUUUCCAUGCCUCAUUUCGAUGGAUAUUAGAAGAUGCCCCAAGUUGACAACAACAAUGCCACCCAUUCCGACUCUCCAAAAGUUAUAUGUGCGGCAAUCAUUCUGUGAGACACAAAUCUCUCUCAUGCCCAGGAAAGGAAGGUUUUUCAAGCAUUUGAAAUCUCUUCGGAGGUUGACUAUACAUUCCUGUACUGAGGAGUUGUUUUUGUUGCUGGAAAAUGAAGAGGAGGCAAGAGCCGUGAAGUCAUCACUUGAGUAUUUGGCUAUUGAAAAUUGCAAUCAGCUAUCCUUAACAUUGGUUUUGCAGAACCUUACAUCUCUAAGAGAGCUAUGGGUGCAUUUGCUUGAAAAUCUGGUGUCAUGGCCAGACAAUUUGGGAUGUUUGAAGUCCCUCAAUAAGCUGACAAUUAGUUCUUGUAAUAAUUUGAUCGGUGCAUCAUCACAAGGCGACCAUGGUCCACCAUUUCUAAAGGAUCUUCAUGUUUCUGGCUGUGCUGCCCUGAGAGAAUUGCCCACGUGCCCCAAAUCACUCCAAUCCUUGAGUAUUGACAAUUGUCCACUAAUGGAGUCUUUGUGGCCAGAAGUGGGACACCUUACUUCACUAUCCAGGUUAGAAGUGUCUCUUUGUCCCAAGCUGGUGUCUCUAUCAGACGAGAUGCAAGCCCUCACUUCCCUUCAGUAUCUAUCUAUUGCAUAUUGCCCGGCACUGAAGUCAUUCCCAGAAGGCCUCCAACAACUACUUCCUACUCUAAAAUCACUAACAAUCCAAGGAUGCCCGAAGCUAGGGAGGUUAUGCAAGCCUGGAGGAGCCUAUUACGACCUUUUCUCUACCAUCUUAGAUAAACGAAUAGAAGAACAGCCAAAACAGCUAGAUAGGUUACCCAGGCUACAUGGAGGAGAAGACUAUGACAAUCAUCUGUCUACCAUCUCAGAUGAAGGUAUAGGAGCACCGCCAGAACAGACAGUCCAAGUUCCUCAUGUGAUUAUUACUGGUGCCAAACAAGCUCUGAAGUGCAUUGCCACAAAGUGCUUCCUUCUAUUAGCUGGUUUUUGA